GUGGGGCUUGCCAGAGUGCAAAGCAGCCUGUUUCACGGGUUACCCUACGUUUCCCCUCUGCUGCAGGGGCAUCAGUAUCCUGGGCUCCAGCCCCACCUCCUCCCCUGGGCUCUCCCUGGGGAACUCUUCCUCUCCCAAGCCACCCCCAGUGCAUCCUCCUGAGAGGCCAGAGCUCUGCCUCCCGUUCCUGCUCCCGGGAGCUCAGGACUGGCCUCCGGACCCCUGGCAUCCGGGGCAGAAGCGACACCAAAGCAGGGAUUGUCCAACUCCCACCCCAAAUGCCCAGCAGGCCAGGCGCUGGGAGCGCUGGGGGCGUGACAAAUCUCCGCCAGCCUCCAGCGGGUGUCCCCUGGCCAGUCCGCCGGGGCCUUGCCCGCGAUGACGGGGCCAUCCCUCAGCCUCGCUCAUCUGCUCACCAUUUCAGGACUGCUCUGUUACUCAGCUUGCUGCUUGGCCCUUCCCGGCCUGGAUCAGAAGAAGCGUGGCGGCCACAGAGCAUGCUGCCUGCUGACCCCCCCGCCACCCCCUCUGUUCCCACCACCGUUCUUCAGAGGGGGCCGAAGUCCGCUUCUCUCCCCAGACAUGAAGAAUCUCGUCCUGGAACUGGAGACCACACGGCCCCCAUGCGUGCAAGGGUCGCUCAGCUCCCCCGGGCCUCCGGGGCCCCAGGGCCCGCCUGGGCUUCCUGGCAAGACAGGACCAAAGGGAGAAAAGGGGGAGCUUGGCCGACCGGGAAGGAAGGGCAGACCCGGCCCCCCAGGUGUUCCUGGCAUGCCUGGGCCUGUUGGCUGGCCCGGCCCUGAAGGCCCCAGGGGUGAAAAAGGUGACCUGGGGAUGAUGGGCUUGCCAGGGUCAAGAGGACCAAUGGGCUCCAAGGGCUACCCUGGAUCCAGAGGGGAAAAGGGAUCCAGAGGUGAAAGGGGUGACUUGGGUCCCAAAGGAGAAAAGGGUUUCCCAGGACUUCCUGGAAUGUUGGGGCAGAAAGGUGAAAUGGGACCAAAGGGCGAGCCCGGGAUAGCAGGCCACCGGGGGCCCACGGGAAGACCAGGAAAACGAGGCAAGCAGGGGCAGAAGGGAGAUAGUGGAGUUAUGGGCCCACCAGGCAAACCUGGGCCUUCUGGUCAACCUGGCCGUCCGGGCACCCCAGGACCCCCGGGUCCCCCGUCUGCAGGACACCUUGUAAUGGGACCCAAAGGGGAAAGAGGAUUUCCUGGGCCUCCAGGAAGAUGUCUUUGUGGCCCUCCCAUGAAUGUGAAUAACCCUUCCUACGGGGAGUCUGCGUAUGGGCCCAGUUCCCCACGAGUUCCUGUGAUAUUUGUGGUCAACAACCAGGAGGAGCUUGAGAGAUUGAACACCCAACAUGCCAUUGCCUUCCGCAGAGACCAGAGGUCUCUGUACUUCAAGGACAGCCUUGGCUGGCUCCCCAUCCAGCUGACGCCUUUCUACCCUGUGGACUACCCCGUAGACCACCACGGCUCCUGCGGGGACGGGGUCCUGCAGCCGGGGGAGGAGUGUGAUGACGGGAACGGCGAUGUGGGUGACGACUGCAUCCGCUGUCGCCGGGCCUACUGUGGAGAUGGUCACCGGCACAGGGGCGUGGAGGACUGUGACGGCUCUGACUUCGGUCACCUGACCUGCGAGACCUAUCUCCCCGGGUCAUACGGAGACCUGCGGUGCACCCCGUACUGCUACAUCGACUCUACGCCCUGUCGCUACUUCACCUGAGGGCCGCCGGGAGGAGGCGCCUGCACCCACGGAACUGGCAGCAGCUUCUCCACCCUCGGCAGACUGACCUCGCCCUGUCCUGGUCCGGUUUCCACCACCUUCAUGCAACAGAAACAAGGACAAACUCUUGCUGCUAAGAUGUGCUUUUAACGCAGUCCGACUGGAAGAACCUAGGACCACUGCAUCCUGUCUUAACCCCGAGUACCGGGCCUCCUCCACACGCCCAUCGCGACCCUCCGGCCAGACCGACGGCCUGCGGGGCCCUCCCUUCCGAAUAUCGUGGACUUGGCUUUGCACUGUUAGGCACACAGACUGUUGGAGAUUGCUCCCGUCCGCUGGGGGCAUCUGGGGCGCAGGCCUCUCGUCUCCUCUGACCUCUGGAAACGUGGGCAUUCUCACCUGGCAGCUGGCCGGGGCUCCCCGGGCCUGGGAACCACAGAGCAGGGAAGUGGGCCUGUUCUUUGGGGGUAGCCCCCAGAUCUGGGCCCAACUAGGGAGCCCCCCACCCCGCAGCUAACCACAGCCCAGCGCGGCCUCGUGUGGAUGCGGCUUCCCCAGGCAGAGCCCCAACUGUGAAUAAGUACCGAGACCGCCGCCAAACCCUGGGGUGCUGGGGUGCUUACCGUGCAGACGAAAGCAGAGCAGUGGCCUUCUUUUCGACGUUUCCCGAAGGGGCUGCUCUCGGGGCCUCCCCAUCCCCGGUACCACCCUGACCUCCUGGCUCUGCGCACUUGGACCUCCAUCCUGUGAAUGUCCCACGUGUCCAUUUCUCCUUCAGGACAUUGGCUAGCAGGCCGGCCACUGGUGUUUCCUGAGUCCUUUGGAAACUGCCGCCUGGUUUCCCGUCUGGGCCCCACGACUGAGUACACGCUCCGGGCAGAGACGGCAUCUGUCCUGGGCGCCAGCUCCUGGCUGCCUGCUGACUCCCGUGAGCCCUGUGACCUCCCUCCCUGUCUUCGUGGUGCACAGUCUUGUCCUCGUGUGCGUGUGCCCGAGCCCCCGUUUCUACAGGAUCGUUAGCCCUGUGUGUCUGUGAGCUGCCUUUCAUCACCAUAUUUCCUGAGUGAGGCUUAGCUUUGUUUGGGAAAGACGUCUUCCCCACGGCAGAC